UGACGGCACCGCUCUGCGCCCCCAGCAGCCUGGGGAGCAGGGGUGCGGGAGAGAGUUCCUUCCAUCUCGCAGACUUGGUCACACAGUACAGAUUUGACAGCAAUUAAAUACGACCGCAAACUGUCAAUGGCGCGUUCUGUGGAAUGCUGGGAUGGAUCAGAGGUGUGUUGGAAGAUGGAUAGAAUUUUACUUCUUCUGUUACUCUGGUAACUCAGAGUCCUGUUCAAUCAGUUUCCGCAUCAGGAUGCUGUCCUCGUGGUUUUAAAGAGGACGAAUGCAGCCAGCGUUGAAUCGAGGCGGUGAUUCACUCACCUGGCCCUCCCGAACCCCAGGGUCCUGAGUGCAUGGGCUGGUACAGGAGCCCAGUUUUUGGCUCGGGGGGCACUUCCUAUGGGAGGAGGACCCCUGUCUCAGUGCUGAGGCAACCACCACUGAGGACCCUGGACUGGAAGCGGGGCUGAGAUGUCUGGUGGUAGGUUCUGAGGCAGGACAGGGACCGACUCAAAUGGAUAUGGACGGCAGGCUGGAUUCGUGUUGCACCUGCACCUCCGGCUCUGCUGAGGACACCCAGAACUGCGGCCCUGGCCACACCUCAGCUCCCCAUUCCAUCAAAGUGUGGGUGGGAGAGAGGGGCUGACAGUGGUCCCGAAGCUCCUAGGGUCCAGCCUACAACGGAGGAAGCCACACGGCUGGUUGUGUAUGAGCCGGAGUGUCUCUGUGAUUAAAAGUGCCUAUCUGCCUGUGGGUCGUUGCUGGUGUGUGUGCUUCUGUCCCCGCCUCCUGGCCUCCUGGCUGAGGGGAAGCUGAGUGGGCCACGGCCCAUGUGUGUCACUCGCCUGGGCUCCCACGCAGCUGCCUCUGCUCCAGCUAGGAUGUGGCUCGUUCACACGCUGCUCUGCAUGGCCAGUCUGGCCCCGCUGGCAGCCUUCAAUGUGGAUGUGGCCCGGCCCUGGCUCACGCCCAAGGGAGGUGCCCCUUUCGUGCUCAGCUCCCUUCUGCACCAGGACCCUGGCACCAACCAGACCUGGCUCCUGGUCACCAGCCCCAGAACCGAGAGGACACCAGGGCCUCUCCAUCGAUGCUUCCUUGUGCAGGAUGAAAUCCUUUGCCAUUCUGUAGAGCAUGUCCCCAUCCCCAAGGGGAGGCACCGGGGAGUGACCGUUGUCCGGAGCCACCACGGCGUUUUGAUAUGUAUUCAAGUGCUGGCCCGGCGGCCUCACAGCCUCAGCUCAGAACUCACAGGCACCUGUGGCCUCCUGGGCCCUGACCUCCGUCCCCAGGCUCAGGCCAACUUCUUCGACCUUGAAAAUCUCCUGGAUCCAGAUGCACGUGUGGACACUGGAGACUGCUAUAGCAACAAAGAAGACAGCUGGGGAGAGGAUGCGAACACAGCCAGGCGGCGCCGGGCUCUGGAGAAGGAGGAGGAGGAGGAAGAUGAGGAGGAGGAGGAAGAUGAGGAGGAGGAAGCUGGCACCGAGAUUGCCAUCAUCCUGGAUGGCUCAGGAAGCAUUGAUCCCCCAGACUUUCAGAGAGCCAAAGACUUCAUCUCCAACAUGAUGAGGAACUUCUAUGAAAAGUGUUUUGAGUGCAACUUUGCCCUGGUGCAGUACGGAGGAGUGAUCCAGACUGAGUUUGACCUUCGGGACAGUCAGGAUGUGAUGGCCUCCCUUGCCAAAGUCCAGAAUAUCACUCAAGUGGGGAGUGUCACCAAGACUGCCUCAGCCAUGCAACAUGUCUUAGACAACAUCUUCACCUCAAGCCACGGCUCCAGAAGAAAGGCAUCCAAGGUCAUGGUGGUGCUCACCGAUGGUGGCAUAUUCGAGGACCCCCUCGACCUUACGACAGUCAUCAACUCCCCUAAAAUGCAUGGUGUUGAGCGCUUUGCCAUUGGGGUGGGAGAAGAAUUUAAGAGUGCUAGGACUGAGAGGGAACUCAACCUGAUCGCCUCAGACCCGGAUGAGACCCACGCUUUCAAGGUCACUAACUACAUGGCGCUGGAUGGGCUGCUGAGCAAACUGCGGUACAACAUCAUCAGCAUGGAAGGUGCGGUUGGCGACGCCCUUCACUACCAGCUGGCACAGAUCGGCUUCAGUGCUCAGAUCCUGGAUGAGCGGCAGGUGCUGCUCGGCACAAGCCGGGUGACUGGUCCGGGAGGCGCUGGGCUGCCGACAACAGCACGCAGCCGCCGGGGCCGCCCUGAACCACAGACUGCGGCGGCGGGACGGGAGGCUACGUAGUACAGCUACCUGGGUUACGCUGUGGCCGUGCUACACAAGACCUGCAGCGUCUCCUACGUCGCAGGGGCUCCGCGGUACAAACAUUGUGGGGCCGUGUUUGAGCUCCAGAAGGAGGGCACAGAGACCAGCUUCCUGCCAGUGCUAGAGGGAGAGCAGAUGGGGUCCUAUUUUGGCUCUGAGCUGUGCCCUGUGGACAUUGACAUGGAUGGAACCACGGACUUCUUGCUGGUGGCUGCUCCAUUCUACCAUGUUCAUGGAGAAGAAGGCAGAGUCUACGUGUACCGUCUCAGCGAGCAGGAUGGUUCCUUCUCCUUGGCACGCAUACUGAGUGGGCACCCCGGGUUCGCCAGUGCCCGCUUUGGCUUUGCCAUGGCGGCUGUGGGGGAUAUCAGUCAGGAUAAGUUCACAGAUGUGGCCAUCGGGGCCCCCCUGGAAGGUUUCGGGGCAGGUGAUGGUGCCAGCUUCGGCAGUGUGUAUAUCUACAAUGGACACUGGGACGGCCUCUCCGCCAGCCCCUCGCAGCGGAUCAGCGCCUCCGCGGUAGCCCCAGGACUCCAGUACUUUGGCAUGUCCGUGGCUGGUGGGUUUGACAUCAGUGGCGACGGCCUUGCCGACAUCACCGUGGGCACUCUGGGCCGGGCGGUUGUGUUCCGCUCCCGGCCUGUGGUUCGCCUGGAGGUCUCCAUGGCCUUCACCCCCAGCGCGCUGCCCAUCGGCUUCAACGGCGUCGUGAAUGUCCGUUUAUGUUUUGAAAUCAGCUCUGUGACCACAGUCUCUGCGUCAGGUCUCCGCGGGGCGUUUCUCAACUUCACGCUGGACGUAGAUGUGGGGAAGGAGAGGAAAAGGCUGCAGUGUUCAGACGGGAGAAGCUGUCUGGGCUGCCUGAGGGAGUGGAGCAGCGGGUCCCGUCUUUGUGAGGACCUCCUGCUCGUGCCCACAGAGGGAGAGCUGCAUGAGGAGGACUGCUUCUCCAAUGCCACUGUCAAGGUCGGCUACCAGCUCCAGACCCCUGAGGGACAGACAGACCAUCCCCAGCCCAUCCUGGACCACUAUGCUGAGACCUUUGCCGUCUUCCAGCUGCCCUAUGAGAAGGCCUGCAAGAAUAAGCUGUUUUGUGUCGCAGAAUUACAGUUGGCCACCACCGUCUCUCAGCAGGAAUUGGUGGUGGGCCUCACAAAGGAGCUGACCCUGAACAUCAGCCUAACUAACUCCGGGGAAGAUUCCUACAUGACAAGCAUGGCCUUGAAUUACCCCAGAAACCUGCAGUUUAAGAGGAUGCAAAAGCCUCCCUCUCCAAACAUUCAGUGUGAUGACCCUCAGCCGGUUGCUUCUGUCCUGGUCAUGACCUGCAGGAUUGGUCACCCCGUCCUCAGGAGGUUGUCCGCUCAUGUUUCAGUCGUUUGGCAGCUAGAGGAGAAUGCCUUUCCAAACAGGACAGCAGACAUCACUGUGACCGUCACCAAUUCCAAUGAAAGACGGUCUGUGGCCGAGGAGACCCACACCCUUCAAUUCAGGCAUGGCUUCGUUGCAGUUCUCUCCAAACCAUCCAUAAUGUACGUGCACACAGGCCAGGGGCUUUCUCACCACAAAGAAUUCCUCUUCCAUAUACAUGGGGAAAACCUCUUUGGAGCAGAAUACCAGUUGCGAAUUUGUGUCCCAACCAAAUUACGAGGUCUCCAGAUUGUAACAGUGAAGAACCUGACGAGGACUCAGGCCUUCACGGUGUGCACCUGGAGUCAGGAGCGCGCUUGUGGGUUCAUUCCGGUUCAGCAUGUGGAAGAAUGGCAUUCAGUGAGCUGUGUCAUCGCUUCCGAUAAAGAAAAUGUAACCGUGGCUGCAGAGAUCUCCGUGGAUCACUCUGAGGAGUUACUAAAAGAUGUAACUGAACUGCAGAUCCUUGGUGAAAUAUCUUUCAACAAAUCUCUAUAUGAGGGACUGAAUUCAGAGAACCACAGAACUAAGAUCACUGUCGUCUUCCUGAAAGAUGAGAAGUACCAUUCUUUGCCUGUCAUCAUUAAAGGCAGCAUUGGUGGACUUCUGGUGUUGAUUGUGAUUCUGGUCAUCCUGUUCAAGUGUGGCUUUUUUAAAAGAAAAUAUCAACAACUGAACUUGGAGAAUAUCAGGAAGGCCCAGCUGAAAUCAGAGACUCUGCUCGAAGAAGAGAAUUAGGACCUGCUAUCCACUGGGAGAGGCUGUCAGCCAGUCCUGGGACUUGGAGACUCGGCAUCCUUCGGAAUACUUUUUCCUUCAGGAUGAUGGACAGCAGCAUGAAGCUGUUUGUAGAAUAUCAGUUUUUAACCACGCAUUGUCUCCAAAGCGUCUGUGCAUUGUGCAAAAAGUACACUUGGGAAACAUUUGGUAUUAAAUAAAGUUACACUUUUCUUCACA